AUGGUUGCAUCUUCAUCGAGAGUUACUGGAAUUCUCAGGGACUCCAUAAAAAUCCCAGCCAAAAAUGGGAAACUCAUCUUCCAACUUAUGCCUCUAAUCCUCUGUCCAUUUUAUCUCCUAGUCCUACUUCACGAUUUCACCGCCGGGCCCCUAGAGGCCAAGGUUGAAGACGGCUACGAGCGCGGCGAAUUGAAUCAAAAGGAUGUAGGAGCUUUGGUGGGAGUCGAGCUCCUUUUCAUGGCGGCCUUCUUGAUUAUUUUCCUCUUUGAGAUGAUGGUAACAAUAUUCUAUGCAUCAGAUCUAGCAUAUAAUACAGCAGGAAGUUCAAUGAAGGUGAUGGAUUUGAUGUUGAGGAUCAAAUCCACAUGGACGAAACCUUUAAUCACAUGGCUAUACGUUUCUUUUCUCACAAUCAUUUACACUGUUUUUGUUUUAAUUACAAUCAGAUUGAUCAGCUUAAUUGUGUGGAAAGGGUUAGCGGCAAUCCUAGCUAUAAUUUUGUACCUUUAUGUGGCUCAAAUUUGGGGUCUCGGGUUGGUGAUUUCGGCGGUGGAGAGAGAUUGUAAAGGAGGAACAGCAGUCAAAAGAGCGAGAAAGCUUCUUGAAGGUCGAAAACUAGAAGGGUUUUUCAUUAUGUUGAUUUUAUUCCUACUGAGUGUUCCGAUCUAUAUAUUGUUCUAUGUUACAUUGACGGAUGAUGAUGAUGAGCUUGGGGUAAUCGCUCAGAUUGCUUUUGGGUUUGUUGCAACUCUACUCUUCUGUGUUGUAACAUUUUUCUCCUUUGUGGUUUUCACCCUGUUCUACCAUGAAUGUAAGCAGAGUUAUGGGGAGAAAUUAGACAUGGAAAUGAAGUCAGGAGCUGGAUGUAGUUUAGUUUCUCAGAAGUGUUAA